AUGGCAGACCCGGCCCCGGCAAUCGCGCACCUCCGCACCAACUCGUGGGCAAACAACCUCAUCUGCUCGGCCGACUAUACACCGAUCCAAACCGACUCACGGCGCAUAAAGCCCACAACCGGCGAAGAUGGCUACUUUGCACAAACCCUCAACACACCCACCACAAUCCCUCACUGCCUAACCCUACAACGGCGCAAUCUCACACCCGCGCCCGCUGAAGCCCCCACCUGGCUCCCCACAACAAAACAAGAUGCAUCUGUCAAGCCCACCCCGGGCAUAAACCCAGCGGACAUCAUUAUGAUCUUCGAUCUCAGCAGCCCCGGCCUGUCUGGCCACCCGUCCACCGUGCACGGAGGCAUUGUCGCGACACUGAUUGACGAGGCCAUGUCCCUCGCUGUCGCGGCGCAUACCAAUGCACCCACUGCCCUCAGUACGGCUGACGAUAACCCGCGCGGGAAGAUCUUUACCGUGCAACUUGAUGUCAGAUAUAAGAAGCGCGUGGCUACACCUGCUUUGCUGGUUAUCAAGGCGCGAGUUGUUGGCAGGGUCGGGAAGAAAUUCUGGGUCCGGGCGCAGGCGUUGCAGGAAAAUGAGGAGGGUGCUAAGAGCAAGGUUGUCAAGGCUGAUGCUAUGGCCUUUUGGCUUGUGACGUCCGACUCGAAGUUGUGA